UGCGGGAAUGAAGACAUUCACUAACAAACGGUGGACUGUGGCUGACGGAUGCGGAGUGGCUGGUGUCUUCAACAACACGGCAGCGUCAUGGCCCAAUACCAAACCUAUCACCAACGGGAAGAUGGUUGAAGAGGGGCAGGUGGCCGAAGCGAAGCUGGCUACGUGGCCUCAGUUAUUUGCUGCUAUUGUGGUGAACGUGAACAUGUUCGCCAUGGGCUCGGCGAUGGUGUGGCCGGCGAUGGCGCUGCCACAGCUGAUGUCUGCAGACAGCGGACUCCGAGAUCGGCCGAUAACUGUGGAUGAAGCCUCCUGGGUAGCCUCUCUGCUGCAACUCAGCACCAUCCCGUUCAUUCCAUUGGUUGCGGCUGCCAGCGCUCACGUGGGCCGCAAAAUGCUCGGCUACGCCACACCAACCCUGCUUCUCGCCAGUCUGAUCAUCCAGAUGUUCUCAACUUCCAUCGAAGCUCUCUAUAUCUCAAGGGUGCUGGCUGGUGUGCAGUGUGCCGCCUGUCUGAUGUUGACGACUCUGUACGUCAGCGAGACAACCAGCGACGAGGUGCGGGGCAGCCUGGCCUGCAUGCAGCCCCUGAUGUGCAACAGCGGCAUCCUGUUCGCUUACAUCAUCGGCGCUUUCCUGCCUUAUUACGUCGUCCUGUAUGUGAACGUCGUUCCUGUGGCCAUCUUCUGGAUCUGUUUCGCCUUCAUGCCUGAGACCCCAUACAGGCUGGCAUCUACUCAUCGAUAUCAAGAGGCAAGAAAGGCGCUGAGGUGGUUGCGCCGUGGAAUCUCAGAUGAGCAGGUGGAGCGUGAGAUGGAACGCAUUCGGGCGUCCCUGGUUGGAGACGGCACCCAAGAUGGCGGCGCCGGACGCGUCACGCUCAAGGAGAUCUGUUCGAGAGCCCCGCUCAAGGGCUUCGCCAACAUCACCAUCCUCGGCGCCAAUAUGCAGCUAUGCGGCUCCUUCGCUGUGCUUAACUACGCCGUCAUGAUGUUCGAUGAGGCUGGCGGAUCUGUGCCUUCAGAGGUGGCAACAAUCAUUCUAGGUGCGCUGCAGGUUGUUGGCACUUUGGUGUCUGCACUGGUGAUAGACCGCCUAGGUCGACGACCCCUGCUGUUUCUCUCUAAUGGGGUUGUCGGGACUUCGGUAGCAAUCUUGGGUGUCUACAUGUACCUCAAGCAAGAGAUGGAGGUGGACCUGUCUUCCUUUGGCUGGCUUCCUGCCACAUGUCUCUCUAUAUACUGUUUGACACUGGCAGCUGGACUGAACGCACUGCCAUAUGUGGUGCUAGCUGAAAUAGUGGCUCCAAGGAUCAGACCUGUGGCCGCCAUUAUCAUGUACACAAUUCUCCCUGGCUCUUCAACCAUCAUUUCCAAACUUUAUCCAACCAUGUCAGAGACAAUGGGAGCUUACGGCGCCUUCUGGUUCUUUGCAGCUGUCUGUUUGGUCUGUGCUCUCAUCGAAUGUUGGUUGCUACCAGAAACCAAGGGACGACCUCUGGAGGACAUUAUCAAGGAACUCAGUGGUGCAAAGGAUGUCAUUAUCAACAACUCCCAAUGAUGUGCUAUCUUGCAUUACAAGUAUUUCUGAAAUUUGUCACUUCUGUUUGCAUAACAUUUUGUUUCACCCUGUAGUAAAGCAUUGUCUCCAGAAUACUGCUAAACUGAGUCGUAAUCUGAAAUGUGCCUCUUCUUGAUAAUUGAUGCGUUACAUUUCAAAAUUUAUUUUCUUUAGCCACUGAUUUGAAGAAUCUAUUAAAAUAGACGUGAAAUUGUGUGUAUGAUAUUGUCCCAAAUCUCGCUCCUCAGAAAUCUUUUCAGCAUGUGCAUCUAAUUAUUCACCACUGAAAACGUCAAAUAAGAAGGCUUAUGGUGAUAAGAGAGCUGGAGUAUGCAUACACAGUAUUUUGUACAUGAAGAAGCUUUAAGAUUUUGACAGAUGAAGGAAGAUUCCAUUGUAAUAGAAUUGCUGUAUGCUUAGUUACUAUAGUGAGUUCGGCGCACCGUUACUUCAUGAAUAUCAUACACAGUUAAUUGUCAGUUGUAGUGUAGUUAAUUAACUGCACAAUUUUUGAAUGUUAACUGUGAAAGGAAAUGUUAGUGUAAGAGUCUACAACAAGCAAUAUUUAUAGUUGAUCAGUGAUUCCCAUAGUCUUUAUGUUAAAAAGUAUGUCGUGAUCCGUCUUCCAUGCUUCAGAUGUUUUCCAGAGAAUAUCAAUGUGUUCUACUCUACCUUUGGGAUGGCAUCGAACUGUUGUCAUGUGCGUCACUCGCUAUGGGGUGGCGUUUUGUGUGAAAACGAAUAAAUUAAAAAAGAAACCCAGAUAAAAUUGUUUUGUAAUGUAAUGUUCACUUUGUUUGUCAGCACCAAAUAUUACAAUAUAAUGCUAGUUCCAAUUGCAUCACUUUGCUUAAUCAUGUCAGACAGCUGCCAAAUAUACAUGUUUCAUUAUUUUACAUGUGACAAUUGCAUCUUUCAUGCACCGUCAAUACUCUGUCCCCAAUGUUAAAAUUAUCACUACUUCUACUCACACUUCCAUGUUCUCUAUCGUCGAUUUCUUCACUGCUACCAUCCGACCGACAAUGACUGAACGUCGGCUGGGCUGGAUGUGUUCACUAGCAUUGCAAGCCACAACUACACUGAUAGCCCACAGUGGUUGGCAAAAACAAAGCGGCGGAACAUGCACCUUUUCAAGUGAACGAAAGAAAGCGGAAUAGUCUUCGGGAGAGGUCCUUCCCUUUAUGGUACAUUUGUAAUCAAAAAUCCACAUUAAAAAAGGCACUGAGUUGGAGCUGAAAUUUAGAUAUACAUUUACAUACACCGAACUAUAAUGUACAGUAAUAAAAUUUUUUAAUUGAAAUCUGAGGACUCUGAGGAUACGUUCACUUCACAUCAUAUACAAAUUGUUCCCAAUAUAGUAUUCGUUUGUAUCUGCAUUUAAAUUCAUCUUACAUGCUCCAUCAACUGGAUGACCAACUUCACUGGUGUGAACGGCUCCUUAUGAAGGGUCUGCAGGCAAGAGAUAUACAGAAAAAAAACGUGUAACGAAAGAAUUCUCCAAGAUGUGAUCCUGGCUAUUCUAUGAACAGCGCUGAUUUGCAUGAGGCAUGCUCGCUAGUGACAGAGCACACGUAUCUCGACAUAAUAGCGAAUUAUGCAGUUCCAUAGAUGCCACCCGACGUCACUUCCAGCAGGACGAUUCCUGCCCCUCCCCCUGGUUUGACUUCUGUGUUUUGUAUCUGAAGGAGCGAAGGGGUUUGUCAAGGACAUUGCUUACAGAACAAGGUUUCGAGAGCUGGUAGAUCAGAGACAACGGGGCUAUGCGCGACAGUGGAGGCCAUAACACCUGUCAUGCUUAUGGACAUGUGACGAGAAGUGGAAUAAUGAUUCGGCAUCUGUAGAGCUAUAGACGAUGUCCACAAUGAACUGCACCAGCAUAUAUUGAGAUGCUGUGUACAAGGCUGGACAAACAAAGUUGUAAACUUUAAUAGCUAGAAAUACAAAUAAAUGUUUUUGUUUAUCUCUAGCCCAGACACCUUGUAAAAGCAUUAGCUCUACUCCCAUACAUCAAUUGCACCAGCAUCUUCUAAGAAAAGGGGUCAAAAGCUUAGAACACAGAUAAACAGACAUGUCGCUCUCUUCAAGUUCCAUACUGCUUAUUUUUGAAACUACUUUCAAAGUUACGUGACAGAUGGAAUAAGGCUAAAAGCGCCACUAUUCACUAACGCAGUUGGAUGUGAUUGUCACUGUUCUUUUGCGAUACCUAAGCUUUAUGCCUCAGUAGUAAAUCUUCCGACUACGGCUCUAAAGCUCUGGGGUUUGAUCCCAGGUCGCUCACAGAAUUUUUUUCUUCCACUCGUUACUCCGCUCACAUCUAUCAAUGUUUCUUAAUGUGGAAAUGCAGCUCAAAAGCACGAGGGUCGCAAGGGCAUGAUACCUCCAGUAGAACCAUUUCUAUUGGUGUUCAUCACAAUCUUCAUACUGAUGACAACUUUAUCUCAGGUUAAAGGAAAAACAGAUUAAAUAAUAAGAUGAACAGCUGUGUUAGUACCACGUAUAUAUAAUUAAAAAUAACGAAAUUUCUGCCAAAUGUCCGAUAUUCGUGCCAUAUUUGUCAUCUCAGGUAAAAUACUGUCCAAAUCCAUUGUAUGUAUGGUAUUUUUUGUCCAUAUCUUUUAAAAGCGCCAUAAAUGUUUUCUGUUUGCUAAAUUCUCAAUUUUUGUCCCACUAUGCAUCAUCUAGUUUACGUCUAACACAGGAUGUGGACACAAUAGAUCAGUUUGUUAGGAAGUACUACGUCUUUAGACAAUUUCAGAAAACCAUGUGUUUUUGUGCUGUCAGACAUAACACUCGCUUUAUCCAUGUCCGGUUUUUAUCCUGUAUGAGGAUUCUCAUUUCGUGAUCUCUACUAAAUCUAGUAAAAAAAAAAAAGAAACUGAAAGUACGAUAUAUUGCACUGCUAUGUCUGUUGAGAACGCGAGUGUGAUCAGGCAUGCAUUAUUAACAGGUUUGCCGUCUGAAACAUGCACUGUAUAGCUAUUUAAGGAUUUCAAGCUAAUGUUAAUCACAGCUUUAAACUUGAGUGAUAGAUGGAAACUUCCAAGUUCAGAAACUGACAUGAAUCGUUCUCGUUAUAAAGCAUUUUGUGAAUUCAUCUAAUAUGUUGAGUGCCAACAAAAGUAUCUUGUCCAAAGCAAAAUCAAAUGUGUGUCUCUGACAAAAUUACCACACAUCAAUACUUGGUUUCCCACCAUAAUGUUCUACAGAUAGAACCCAUUUUUGUAUGUCCUGAGUACUACCCUGGUAAUAUUCCUAUAAUCUUGAUAUCACUGUAGUGACAGUGCUUUUUUUUACUUGGUUUUUGCAACUAAAAUCUCCUAAUUAUUGUAUAUUUAGAAUUUUAUCCGUCUUCAGCAACUGUGCUUCUAUUUGUUGAAAUAAACAGCAACCAGUUACACAAAAGAAAUUUUAUUUUCUUAUCGCUUUUAGUCACCUAAUGCCCUUGUUCAGAAGAUGGAAUGAUGUUUGUAGUUGAUGUUUGGUUUGCAUACUCCAUAUCUCUACAGAUAUUUCUGACGCUUUCUAAGAACGCGAUAAUUAUAAUCUUAUGAAGAAUAGCACCAGUUGCCUGAAACUGCUAAAGGAAUAUAAUCACUUUUGCGUAAAUGUCUGCUGAAUAUUUCAACAUAUCGUGUAUUUUUGUUAUAGAUGAGCUUAAUGGGCCACAAUAAUUCUCCAUAGAGUGCAGUACAUAGUUAGAAUCUUCCAACACCUAUGGAAUGUAUAUUAGAGAAUUACGUUCGGUGUCUUACAUGGCGAUGUGCAACUGAGAAAUACAUUUUUGUCAUAAGCAAAAUUAUACUUCUGGACUAGAAUCAAAAAAUUUGAGAAUGCUUCUUAGAUUAAUACAAUGAAUGAAACACAACUAUGAGAAAAUAGCUGUGAUAGUAAGAACAUAGCUCUGUUAAUGCCAUUUUUUGUGGGAACAGCAGUUAUCUUAAAGUUAAAAAGUUAAUUCCUAUGUAAUUUUUUUAUUAUAUUAUAUCUUAAUCUCUUAGACAGGAGCUUAAUAAAGGGAAGUUGUGUGUUACAAAAAGCAAUGUGUAAGGAGAGAAAUAUAAAAUAAAAUUUGUGCUAAUAGCAAA